AUGGGCCGAGGGGUGCGCGUGCUGCUGCUGCUGGGCCUGCUGCACUGGGCCGGGGGCGGCGAAGGCAGGAAGACCUGGCGGCGCCGCGGCCAGCAGCCGCCCCCGCCGCCGCCCCCGCCUCGUGCCGAGGCCGCCCCUGCGGCGGGGCAGCCGGUGGAGAGCUUCCCGCUGGACUUCACCGCCGUGGAGGGCAACAUGGACAGCUUCAUGGCGCAGGUCAAAAGCCUGGCUCAGUCCCUGUACCCCUGCUCGGCCCAGCAGCUCAACGAGGACCUGCGCCUGCACCUCUUGCUCAACACGUCCGUGACCUGCAACGACGGUAGCCCCGCGGGCUACUACCUGAAGGAAUCCAAGGGCAGUCGGCGGUGGCUCCUUUUUCUGGAAGGUGGCUGGUACUGCUUCGACCGGGAGAACUGCGACUCCCGCUAUGACACCAUGCGGCGCCUCAUGAGCUCCAGAGACUGGCCGCGCACCCGCACAGGUACAGGGAUCCUGUCUUCCCAGCCGGAGGAAAACCCCCACUGGUGGAAUGCCAACAUGGUCUUCAUCCCCUACUGCUCCAGCGAUGUCUGGAGUGGGGCUUCAUCCAAGUCUGAGAAGAACGAGUAUGCCUUCAUGGGUGCCCUCAUCAUCCAGGAGGUGGUCCGAGAGCUCCUGGGCAAGGGGCUGAGCGGGGCCAAGGUGCUGCUGCUGGCCGGGAGCAGCGCGGGGGGCACAGGGGUGCUGCUGAACGUGGACCGCGUGGCCGAGCAGCUGGAGGAGCUGGGUUACCCAGCCAUCCAGGUGCGGGGCCUGGCGGAUUCGGGCUGGUUCCUGGACAACAAGCAGUACCGGCGCACAGACUGCGUCGACACGGUCACCUGCGCGCCCACGGAGGCCAUCCGCCGCGGCAUCAGGUACUGGAACGGGGUGGUCCCGGAGCGCUGUCGGCACCAGUUCAAGGAUGGAGAGGAGUGGAACUGCUUCUUUGGCUACAAAGUCUACCCGACACUGCGCUGCCCAGUGUUUGUGGUGCAGUGGUUGUUCGACGAGGCCCAGCUGACUGUGGACAAUGUGCACCUCACGGGGCAGCCUGUGCAGGAGGGCCAGUGGCUGUACAUCCAGAACCUGGGCCGCGAGCUGCGGGACACACUCAAGGAUGUGCCGGCCAGUUUCGCCCCCGCCUGCCUCUCUCACGAGAUCAUCAUCCGAAGCCACUGGACAGACGUCCAGGUGAAGGGGACCUCGCUGCCCCGGGCGCUGCACUGCUGGGACAGAAGCCUGCAUGACAGCCACAAGGCCAGCAAAGCCCCCCUGAAGGGCUGCCCCGUCCACCUGGUGGACAGCUGCCCUUGGCCUCACUGCAACCCCUCCUGCCCCACCAUCCGGGACCAGUUCACGGGGCAGGAGAUGAACGUGGCCCAGUUCCUCAUGCACAUGGGCUUUGAUGUGCAGACCGUGGCACAGCAGCAGGGCCUGGAGCCCAGUAAACUGCUGGGCAUGCUCAGCAGUGGGAGCUAGGGCUCCCAACCCCGGGGGCUGGCACUGGGGGCCGGCCACCUCCCCGGGCUCCCCUGCCCCUCCUAGGGCACACAGAGCCCCGGCUGUCCCCACAGCUGCCUUCACUGCCCCUCUACCACUGCCUUCAGGAGGCCCAGCCAGAGCCGGGAGUCCUGGGUCCUGCGGGAGCCCCAGCCCCCCUCCUGCCUGCGCCGGGGAGCCCCCCGUGCGGGGUUCCGGCCCACCGGCCCACCAGCCCAGGGGGCCCCUGGGCCAGCCCCAGCCUCAGACUCUCCUGGCCUUUUGUAUUAUUUUAUAAAGUGACUUUUUUUAUUACUUUAAUU